CACAAACUUUAUUGGAACCACAUCACGAUGUCGCUAUCCGAAUCUGAACACUAGAGCCCUACUAGCCGCCGCCUGUGUACACGACAUUCCAUCUUAUUGGCGACGUGCGUUCGCCAACCAACCUUAGCCGCAUAUCCUGCACUGGCCACAGAGCCGUGGCUACCCGUCCUACUGACUUCACGUGGCCUACAUCGCAAUUGACAAACAUAAAGCUUUGUUAUUCCUUUUUCUCGAAUCAAUGCACUCUAGGAACUCGCGUGCUAGACUCUACUUCCGUCGGCAUUCCUUGCACGGGCCUCGUUUCGAAGCCAGGGUCUACCUCCGCGCCUAGCUAUAGUCACGACGAAUCGUACAACGGCUGAGCCCGAAAAGAUAGCCGCUUGUCCGCGCUCCCUUCCCUGCAUAGCACUCUUACAAAUACUCUUCACUUUCAUAAUGGUUCACCUCGAAUACUCUGUCGAAGAACCUCUAAACCGCGAACCCGAGCUCCCAACCCUCGUGUCCAGUUUCAUAACCCCCACCUCCUACGCAUACGACCGAAACCAUGGCCCGAUUCCACAUAUCGACGCGUCCACCCACCGCAUCACUGUGUCCGGGCACGUGCAGAAGGAGCUCUCGCUGUCGGUGGAGGAUCUGAAAGCUUUGCCGCAGAAGACGGUGAUCUGUGCGCUGCAAUGUGCGGGGAAUAGGAGGCACACCAUGAGGACGAAGUUGAAAGAGGUCAAUGGGGUGGAUUGGUUUGACGGGGCGGUUAUGAACUGUAGAUGGAGAGGGCCCCUUCUCUUAGAUGUCAUAUCCCUUGCCGGUAUCUCCCUGCCAGAAUCCGAACUUCCCCACGCCCACAUAACCUUCUCCUCUCACCAAACCCCCUGCCAAGACGACUCCUACUACGGCGCCUCCCUCCCCCUCCCCCGCGCCCUCUCCCCCUCCUCAUCCAUCCUCCUCGCUCUGGAAAUGAACGACGCCCCUCUCACCCCAAACCAUGGCGCCCCCGUCCGCGUAAUCACCCCUGGCAUCGCAGGCGCUAGAUCCGUAAAAUGGCUCGACAAGAUCGAAGUCUCGUUAAAGGAAAGCCCGAAUUAUUAUCAACAGCACGACUACAAGAUUCUGCCGCCGGAAGCGAAGGACAAGGAGAGCGCGGAGCAGUGGUGGGGCAAGGUAGAUGCCAUCAUGGAUAUGCCGGUGAAUUCUGUGGUUGCAGUUCCGGGGAGUGGUGAGAGGGUGGAGAGGGGAGAGGAUGGGUGUAUAGAGGUGAGGGGGUAUGCGUUGCCUAGUGGGACGGACGGGCCGGUGGUGAAGGUUGAGGUUAGUGGGGAUGGAGGGGAGACUUGGACGGAGGCGGCGAUAUUGGAGCGGCAGGAGGAGGAGGUGAUGGGCGCCGAGUUGAAGUGGGCGUGGUCUUUGUGGAGAGCGAGAGUGAGGGUGGAGAGUGGGGAGGGAAGGAGGGUGUUGAGUCGGGCGGUGGAUUCGAAGGGGAAUACGCAGGCGGAGUGUCCCGAGUGGAAUUAUAGAGGCGUGGCAUAUAAUGGAUAUGGGGAGGCGACGGGGCUGCAUGUCGUCUGAGUGGGUUACGAGUCCGGGUUUGCAUUUCCUCUGCACUGUUCUUGAGCAGCAUUAGUGGGUUAAUCAAAGGAGAUGUUUGUGUCUGAAAUCCUCGAUAUGAAAAACGGUCUUCGA